AACUCGUACUUAAUAUUCAAACAUCGCAACAGUGAAUUUUGACUUUUAUGCUGUAUAAACAUGGCUGCGGAGAAUCUCGAGUCAACUCUUACCUUUGUUGAAUCUUUCCCCUUGUGUAUGAUUGAUUCACUUUCAUUUUAAGCUUUAGAAUCAAUUAGAACAAGCAGCCUGAGAGUUCACAACAGAUUGUAGAGAUGGAUUCUGGAGAAAAAAGGCUGAAUGAGCUCGGAUACAAGCAGGAACUCCGAAGAGAAAUGGUUUUUUUCACUUUUCAUCUUAACCUUGUCUUGUCCUUUACUGUUUGGUGUUGCUCUUGCUCCUGAAGAUGUUUUCUGUCUUCUGUAUGCAGGUCCUGCUAGUCUUGUGUGGGGAUGGGUGGUUGUUUCAUUCUUCACCUUGUUUGUUGGAAUUGCAAUGGCUGAGAUCUGUUCCUCUUUCCCAACUACUGGUUCUCUUUACUUCUGGGCUGCUCAUUUAGCUGGCCCCAAAUGGGGUCCAUUUGCAUCAUGGUGCUGUGCUUGGCUCGAGACUAUUGGUCUUAUUGCUGGCAUAGGAACUCAGGCAUAUGCGGGAUCACAGACACUGCAAAGCAUCAUUUUAUUAUGCACAGGAACAAAUAAAGAUGGAGGUUAUUUUGCUCCUAAGUGGUUAUUCUUAUGUAUGUAUAUUGGUCUCACCAUUAUAUGGGCUGUUCUCAACACCUUUGCCUUGGAAGUCAUUGCCUUUAUCGACAUAAUUUCAAUAUGGUGGCAGGUUGUUGGAGGGCUAGUCAUUGUUAUAAUGCUUCCCUUGGUUGCACAGACUACACAAUCUGCUUCAUAUGUGUUCACACAUUUCGAAAUGUCACCGACAUCAACAGGAAUAUCAAGCAAACCUUAUGCAGUCAUUCUAUCUUUUCUUGUCAGCCAGUAUUCCCUGUAUGGAUAUGAUGCUGCAGCACAUUUAACUGAAGAAACAAAAGGUGCAGACAAGAAUGGCCCUAUUGCGAUUCUCUCUAGCAUUGGGAUCAUCUCAGUAUUUGGAUGGGCAUAUAUCUUGGCCCUUACUUUCAGCAUUCAGGAUUUCAGCUACCUCUAUGAUCCAUCCAACGAGACCGCAGGAGUAUUUGUGCCAGCUCAAAUCCUCUAUGAUGCGUUCCACGGGAGGUAUGACAGUUCUACUGGGGCAAUUAUCUUACUGUUUGUCAUAUGGGGUUCAUUCUUCUUUGGUGGGCUCUCAAUCACUACAAGCGCUGCCAGAGUUGUGUAUGCUUUAUCAAGAGAUAAAGGAGUUCCUUUUUCAUCCAUAUGGAGACAAGUGCACCCAAAACACAAAGUUCCCUCAAAUGCAGUGUGGCUCUGCGCAGCCAUUUGUAUUAUUCUUGGACUUCCAAUCUUGAAAGUCAAUGUAGUCUUCACUGCCAUAACUUCCAUUUGCACAAUUGGAUGGGUUGGUGGCUAUGCGGUUCCAAUCUUUGCAAGAAUGGUAAUGUCUGAGAAGAAUUUUAAAGCUGGGCCAUUUUAUCUGGGAAAAGCUAGUAGACCGGUUUGCUUGAUUGCGUUUCUAUGGAUUUGCUAUACAUGCUCAGCGUUUCUUUUGCCGACUUAUUACCCAAUUGACUUGGAAACUUUGAACUAUGCACCUGUGGCCUUGGGUGUUGGUUUGGGUCUGAUAAUGCUCUGGUGGCUGUUGGAUGCAAGGAAAUGGUUCAAGGGACCUGUUCGGAACAUACAUAGCGAAAAUGGGAAGGUUUAAGAUUCAUCCCACACGUUCUUGGAUCGUUUCUUUGUCAUACAUUUAAAGGCUUAUGGUUAUAUUAUUUCUUUGAUUAAAAUAGGCUCCAAUUAGUAUUUGAUUUGACUAACAGAUUUAGAUUACCUUGCCAGUCCCAGUACAAUUCUUUCAGUAUCAAUAGGAACAUGUCUGUUACAUUUGAUUGACUACAUUAAUACCACUGUGUGUGAAGCAGAAGAUUUGCUGCACGCAAAUUUAUAUA